AUGUCUGAGUGGGAGAAGUUUAUUAAACUUGACUUUAAAAUUCCAUCUCCUCUCCACCACAACAGGAAAAAGAUGACAUCAAGCCGCAGGCAUCAUCUGAAGAGUCUGUUACUCCAGAUUGCCCAGUCUCUGCUGGAGGCAGAAGCGGCUGAAGCUGAGAAUGAGAAAGAGAGGUACAUGGAGGAGAACUGUCCCGAAAUCUCUCUGCCAGGGUCCAUGCAGGAGCUCCAGGACUUGUGCAAAAAGCUUCACCAGAAGAUCGACGCGGUGGACGAGGAGAGAUAUGACAUGAGCGCAAAAGUGGUGAAGACAGACAAGGAGAUUAAUGACCUGAAGAUGAAAGUUGUUGAGCUGAAGGGCAAGUUUAAGAAGCCAGCCCUGAAGAAGGUGCGCAUGUCUGCUGAUGCUAUGCUGCAGGCUCUCCUGGGCUCCAAACACAAGACCUCCAUGGAUCUGAGGGCCAACCUCAAACAAGUGAAGAAGGAGGUGAAAGAGGAGGAGAAAGAGGCUGUGGGUGACUGGCGUAAGAACAUCGAGGACAAGGCCGGCAUGGACGGCAGGAAGAAGAUGUUUGAGACCGACGCCUAA